ACCAUUUCUACUGUGAUACCGAAAACACAAGAGUAAAGAAUGAAUAAAGAGAAGUUAUUUGCCGUGAAGAGCACAGCUCCACCGCAGCAUCAAGUGUUCGUUAGUUUCCGAGGCAGCGACGUUCGCCAUAACUUCUUCAGCUUUCUCAAAGAUGCAUUGAUAAAGAAUGGUAUCAACGUGGUAACGGAUGAGGACGUACCUAGGGGAAAGCCCAUCGAUGAGAAUCUUUUGAAGCUUAUAAGAAACUCUAGGAUCGCUGUUGUGAUCUUCUCCGAGAAUUAUCCGGAGUCGACUUGGUGCUUGGACGAGUUGGUGGAGAUUGAGAAACAAAUGGAUCUAAAGAAGCUUGAUUCUUGUCCUAUCUUCUUUGAGAUUGAGACUUGUCAUGUUAAACUUCACGAAGCGAAAAGUAGUUUCGACUACAAUCUACUGCGGUUGGAGCACCGAGAACGGAAAAAAGCUAGGCAGAUAAAUAAGAAAGCUUGGGAGGAUGCAGAGGAGAGAUUCGAUGGAUGGAGGAGAGCUUUGGUUUCCGUCGCGUCUCGCUUGGGCUUGACAUAUAAAAAAAAUAGCAAUCAAGCAACUUUUGUUAAUGAAAUCGUCGACAAGGUUAAAGCAAUGCUGGACAACGUUUCCUCAUCAGAUAUUGUGCCACAACAUCAAGUAUAUAUAUGUUACCGGGGUCAGGAGAUGCGGAGCAAGUUUUCCAGCUUUCUUAGAGCCGCCUUGCAAAAAAGUGGGAUCAAUGUCUUAGCAGAUGAUGAGGAGGAUAUUACUAGAAUAGAGUCAAGGGACGAACUCGAUAAUUUUUUUGUCAAGAUUCAAGAAUCGAGGAUCGUACUUAUGAUUAUUACCAAGAAUCAUACAAGCUCGGCAUGGUUCUUGGAGGAGAUGCUGGAAAUGAAUAAACGCGCGGAAAUGAAAAUGCUUCGAGUCAUACCCAUCUUCUACGAGAUGAAUCCAAAUGACAUGAUACCACAUGACAAGCUGAUGGAGCUAUUCGGUAGUACUGAGGAUGGGAUCAAGGGAUAUGAGGAAUACAAGGACGCUUUGGAUGCUUUAACUAGCUUUAUAUCUACACAACACAAGUAA